AAGGCCUGCACCAUAGUGAUUAGUGAAGGCUCUAGAUUAAUUUGGUAGACACGUAAGUUCCAACGUCCCCACUCCCUUCUUGUCAUCGACUAAAUACAUCAAUAUUGUCGAUUAGCUCUGAGCUAGGGCGCGCAAGUUAGGGACCCGAAGGCAUGGCACAGAAGUAUAGAAUCUACCAGCUCUCGGUAACCCCGGUGACGGUGUUUGCUCACUUGCUGGCCAUAGCCAUCACCACCCUCGUUCUCGUUUGGCUCCUCAAGUUCCGGGAAGGCCUCGCCUUCAGCUCCUCCAACAAACUGAAGAUAUUCAACUUGCAUCCGCUGUUCAUGGUGAUUGGGUUCAUUCUCUUCGGAGGAGAAGCCAUAAUGGUAUACAAGACGGCUCCAGCAAGGCGGGAGGUGCAAAAGAAUGUUCAUCUUGUCCUCCAUCUGAUAGCUCUUGUUGCCGGAAUUCUGGGAAUUUAUGCAGUCUUCAAGUUCCACCAUGAGAUGAGAAUCUCCAACUUGGUGUCCUUGCACUCUUGGCUUGGCAUUUCCACCAUCUGCUUAUUCGGCUUGCAGUGGGUGCUGGCUUUCUUCUCGUUUGUAUUCCCCGGAUCAAACACAGGGUCGAGGACAUCUUACUUGUCCUGGCAUGUAUUUCUUGGGAUGGUCGUCUUCCUCCUAGCGGUCUGCACUGCUGAGAUGGGUAUUACAGAGAAAUUCAUCUACGAAGGCCUCAAACGAAACCAAGAAGCACUCAUCGUGAAGUUCACAGGGCUCUUGAUCUUCUUGUUCGCCGUCAGCGUCAGUCUUACCAUCCUCAUUCCUCGUGGUUACUGAUGAUAUUGAUCGAAUAUGUUUAUUUCUUUUCCCAGUAGUUGGAUAUUGGGUGGCUUGUAGCUGAUUAGUUAUUGUCUUCAUUACAGAUUGUUACUUUUUAUUUAAAAAUUUCAUAUUAUUAUAAAUAGCCUUGAGACUAUUCCGGGA